AUGGAACUAAUUAAGAGAGAACAUUUGAGUCAAAACAAUCCACGGUGAUUGGGUAAGCUCCAAUGUCGCAUUUCUCAAGUUCUAAAAAAUUAAAUUGAUUUAAAUUAUUAUAUUUGUGAGAAAGCAAGCACCUCAUUUAUUUUUACAUUGAAAAUAAAGGAGAAACUAUUGUAAAUUCUAAAAUGCUCAAUCAAACCAUCUUGGUCAUUAAAAUUAACGAGACCAUCGUUUAAAAGAUGGAAAUGUUCCUAUAUUUUCGAGAUUUUUGAAGUCUUUCUUAAAUUAAAAACCUUAGUUAAUGAGAACAAAAUGUCCUUUGUUAAUUUCAUUGUUUCACAAGGAAAGUCCUUAAACUUGAAUUUAUUAAAUUCAAUUAGUUAUGUACUCCAAGAACAGCAAAAUUCGUCUUACACACUAACACGAAUAUAUACAAUUAAAUUAAACAUUUAAGUUCGAAAAAAACUAAUAUCUAAAAGCUAUUUAAGAAUACGAUUUCUCUUUGUUAUAUUUGGACUAAUAAUUUAAUUAAAAUUUAAAAAAAGCGAAAACUCUUACCAAUGCCAUAUUUGGAUUGGUAUUAGUUUAAGUAAAAUUCCUAAAAUGGCCCCUAAAAUACCAUUAUACAGGAAGAUGCCCAUUAACUGGUGUUUACUCAAAAUUUAUGCAAUCGAUGGCCGUUAA